GCGCAGACAAUGUUCGCAGAGGUUUGGUCAAACUUUGAGCACAGAGUUCGGAGCAAACUACGAUCACUGAGACGGUGGUGGCAGGCUGUCUUCCCCAUAUCUGUGACACCUUCGAUGGCCGCCGAUGACUACAACCCUGUCUCCCUGCGACACAAAUCGAAGAGGAAGAGCCGAGGAGGCGAUGGUACAAUGAGCAGGAGACGUGUGUCGGUCAAAGACCUGGGUCACCCGGACCACCAGGGCUGGCUGUACAGAAAGAAGGAGAGCAAAGGCUUCUUGGGUAUCAAAUGGAGGAAGUACUGGUUUGUUCUGAAGAGAACGGCUCUGUACUGGUACACCAAUCAUUUGGCUGAAAAGGCCGAGGGCUACAUUGACCUCACCAACUUCGUGAUAGACGUCGCCACUGAAUGCAAAAAGAAACAUGCUUUCAGAGCGUGCCAUCCUAACGUCAUGAUGUUUUAUUUUGCGGCUGAGAAUCACGAGGACAUGAACUUAUGGUUGAAUAAGCUCGGACUAGCUGCCAUUCAGUAUGGGUGCACAGAUGACAGCGCUGUAGCAGAGUAUUAUAGUGAAGCCAGUGAUCAUGAAGAAGCUGAAAGCAUAGAGAUCCCCCCUCCACCUUACUCUGAACAGACUCUGCGUGGCACAGUGAAUAUGUCCGGUCCACCAGAGAGCACACAUCAGGGUACGCUGCCUCCUCCGUACUCCACCGCCGUUCCUAGCGAUUCGCUCUCCUCCCCCGUCAGCACGAUGACAUCACAGAGCUCCGCCUCCUCGCUAACAAAGCAGCGGCAGUCCUGGUUGGACCUGGUGUCGCAGGCGCCUCCGCCUGCUGCAGAAACGGCUGUGGUGUGCUCAGUCCAGGUUCACUCACAGGCAACCCCGCAAGGAGAGGUGCACGAGGAGGCUGCGUCAGAAAGCGUUGCUCCUCCGGACUCCUCGGCGUCCACGCGGUCCAGCGAGGACAGCCCUGCAGCAGAGGGGGAGGAACAGAAAGAUGCUUUAGCCAAUCGUGGGAACGGCUCGGAUGAGAUGGAAAGGCUGUACAUUCAUCUGAAAGAAGCCAGCCUCUCGCCAAUAGGAGACCGUAAACCCUCUACAAAAAGGGAGUUCAGGGCCUCUUUUGUAAAACGCUGUAAAAACCACACGGUUAACAAUAAGCUGCAUCAUAUCAGGGCUCUCAACAGCACGUUAAAGUCAAAAGAAUCAGAUUUGCAGGUUAUUGAGCAGGUGCUGUCAAAUCCAGAGCUUACCUCAGACAAGUUCAGACAGUGGAAGGAGGUCAAUGCCAUCCUGAUCCAGGAGAUUUGUGUCAAAGACGACCACAAGGAGGCGCCAGAGGCUGUGGAUGCUGCAGCAUCACUUAAUGCUUCUUUGGCAGAGACUAGUUUAUAG